AGGUCCAGAAGCCACGCCCCUUUCGGCGUCGGAGGAAGGCGGGGCCUCCGCAGUUGCCCCUGGCAACGGGGAGGCCGCGGGAGGAGGAUGGGCUUACUCUCAAUUCUGCGCAAACUGAAGAGUGCACCAGACCAGGAGGUGAGGAUCCUUCUCCUGGGGCUAGAUAAUGCUGGCAAGACUACACUCCUGAAACAGCUGGCAUCUGAAGACAUCAGCCACAUCACACCCACGCAGGGUUUUAACAUCAAAAGUGUACAGUCUCAAGGUUUUAAAUUAAAUGUUUGGGACAUUGGUGGACAGAGGAAGAUCAGGCCAUACUGGAGGAAUUAUUUUGAAAAUACGGAUGUGCUCAUAUAUGUUAUCGACAGCGCAGACAGAAAAAGAUUCGAAGAGACGGGCCAGGAGUUAGCCGAAUUACUGGAUGAAGAAAAACUAAGCAGCGUUCCAGUGCUCAUCUUCGCUAAUAAACAGGAUUUGCUUACGGCCGCCCCUGCCUCCGAGAUUGCCGAAGGACUUAACCUGCACACAAUCCGCGACCGAGUCUGGCAGAUCCAGUCUUGCUCGGCCCUCACAGGAGAGGGGGUGCAGGACGGCAUGAACUGGGUCUGCAAAAACGUCAGCGCGAAGAAGAAAUAAACCCCAGACGAAUGGAAAUGCAGGAACCACGGGAGCCGAAUCCUGUCCUGAAAACACUAAUUUGCUGCUUUCUGACCAAAUGUUUUUCCAUCUGUGAGCAGCUCCAGCUGUUUUAAAGAGGGGGAACGGCCCAAUUUUUUUAAAAAAAAGGAAAAAAAAAAAGAAAGAGUCCCCACUCUGGCAGUAGGUUUAACUGAUCGCCAAGGUUCAGUAUCAUUUUUCAAAUAAAGGAAUUACAUUAUUUCCUCUGCAUAA